UAAUCCUUGGACAUGGCUGUGUUUAGAUUUCAGUGCAAUGCAUCAGUGGUCACAUAUCGAAACAUUUCCGAUUGCUGCAAUCAGACACUUUACCCGCGAACAAUGGAAACGUGAUUCUGGAAAAAUGUGGGUUAUUUCAGGUCAGAGUUAUUUCGAAAGAAUGAAUUUUAGGAGGUAAAUUGUUUUCCCAGGAAGACUGAAAAUGGAGUAUCAUAUCCGAUGGAUUUUAAGUACUUUGUUUAUUAUUUGUUACUUUAUACUGGGCAAUGAAGCAGCAUAUAGAUCCCGAAGAACAACAUCCUACAGCAUGGAACCCUGGAUGAUUGCAAUGAUCGUAGUGAGCUGUCUGUCAAUAAUAGCUGUACCUGUGGUAAUAAUGAUCUGUAUUAAGUGUGGCUGCUGCAAAGUCCAGCAACGGGCACCUCAUACACGAAUUAUUCAAAAUGGUGGACAACAGAUGUAUCCUCCCCCUCCUCCUUAUGGAUACAGUAACCCAGCCGACAAUUCAGGAAAUCUUGGGAACCAGUUUAAUUAUGCAGGGACUCAGGGGUUUUCUCAACCCAUGCAAAACAACUAUGGCUCUCCAAUGGGAACAUAUAAUACAGACGGAAAGUAUUAAUAUGCUUGCAUGU